AUGAGUAUCAUAAUCGAACACAACCCUUCAAGCAUAAAGUUAUCUGACCUUGGAGUCAUGUCAUGGCCUAAAUGGUCAUGUCAGCCGGGGAAAUAUGCAUUGGUAUUUGAAGAAACAGAGACAUGCUAUUUGGUGAAGGGAAAGGUUAAGGUGUAUCCAAAAGGGUCAUCAGAGUUUGUAGAGUUUGGUGCAGGAGACCUUGUGACCAUCCCCAAAGGACUUAGCUGCACUUGGGACGUAUCACUCUUCAUCGACAAGCACUACAAGUUCGAUCCUCCUACUUCUCUAUAA